GAUGGAUAUUCUUCAUACUGCAACCACGUUUACAUUGGGGAAGACGUCAGUACUGGGGAAUUAUGGCGUAUCCGUGACUCAGGACCAUUUGAAAAUGAAACGGUUGUAAUAUUCUUCUUUACUGAGAAAUCACAUGUUUGAUGGAUGCGGGUCUUCGAUUGAGGAUGAUUUCUAGAAAGUUGGGGAAAUAAACUAACUGGAUCUAUUCGAAGAACAUGCGGAAGAAUGAGUCAUUGAAUUCCUACAUUUCAUUAUAAUUUUCAUUCUGUGAAUCCAAGAGGGAUUGCUCAAUAACCGUUGAUAUCGCAAUGAUUUGUAAAUUUUUAAUCGUCUUUAAGAAUGAGGUGGCAGCACCAAUCGUUGAAGAGUUGCAAAUUCAAAUGUGCAGACAGAGUACAUACAGGGAAAUAAUAUUUUUCCGAAAAGAAUUGUCGCUUUAAAAUUACUGAGCUCUGCCAAUAACAGUUUUCUGGAAGAAAAUUGUAGUUUUCUCGUAGAAUUAUCGUCGGUUCCACGGAAUCUAUAAGUGUUUAUUGUUCAAAAAUAUACACUGCAACAUCGCAUUCGCAUGAUAAAACCGAAAUCUCAUAUAAUUUUCUGACGAGUGUAUUUACUCGAAAGACAGAAAUAUCUCACGAGAAUUCUUAUUACUAGCAAAAUUACCAUGUUUUGUACUACCCCCGAGGUGUUUUACUCUAUCAGAACUGAGAUGUUUGAAGGUAUAAUUCACAGCGAAAGAUAGCAAGGGUGUUAUCAUGUUCUAGUGAAAAUUUGCUUUUUCGCCAUAAAUGAAUUUAUUCAGAGCGACAAAAGAUCUCUCCAGGGAAACACAUAAUUUUUGACAGACCUAAUUAUUGCCUCCAGCCCCAUUUGCGCCAGAACUUCUGAAAAAUUGCGUGAAUUCUAAAAAGAUGUGAAAAUGAGAGCAAAGUUUUUCUGAAAAACCGGUCUACAGCUCUACAUUGUGCUGUUUUCUCCGUUUUAUUGACCGAUAUUGUUGGCCGUAAGCUGGUUCCAGUAGAAUGGCAAGAAGAAGAUGGCAGCACCUGCCAUUAAGUAGAUAAAGUCCCUGUGUUUACCGGCAUGCUACCGACCCACCGGAUAUCUUCGAUCAUAUGUUCGGUCGCGAAAACACGAGUUAUUCCCGUACGCAAAACGGUCUAAAAGCUACUAAUGUAAUGGCAAAUAAUGGUGCUGAUCCAUCACGUAAUUUUUUACGCGCCGCACAGCAUGGUGAUUUAGAUAAAUUGAAAGAGCUAUCGCAACGCUAUGAAAUUCAAGACUGGACAGUUUAUCGUCAUGAUAGUACAGGGGAUACAGCCCUACAUAUAGCGGCGCGAGAGGGCCAUUUGGAAAUUGCUAAGUGCUUGUGCAACGACUGGUCAUAUCCGGCAUUCAAAGUUGAUGUUACUAAUAAAGAUAUGAAACGGCCACUCCACGAUGCUUCUCAGUUUGCUCACUCUGAUAUUGUUGAAUUUUUAAUUGACCAAGGAGCGGAAGUUGAUGCAUUGAAACGAGCUGAUUGGACACCUUUGAUGCUCGCCUGCACCAAGAGCGGUCCGGAUGCAGAAAUAAGCGUUAAUAGAUUGCUAAGAGCAGGUGCCAAUCCCAUAAUUAGAAACAAAGACGGAUGGACGCCGUUAUUAUUGGCUUCUCGUACUGGUGAUGUAUCUAUUAUAAAAACAUUACUACAGCAACCCACAGUGGUACCCACAACUGCUAGUAACAAUGGCCGAACUGCUCUCCACAUUGCUGCUUUCCACGGAUGUGUUGGUGCUCUCAGUAUUUUACUGAGCGCUGAGCCAGCACUGAUUGGUAUUUGUGACUCUUCAGGCUCCACACCACUCCACGAGGCUGUUAAAUCUGAAAAUUUCAGAGCAUUUGAAUCUUUAAUAAAAUUCGGAGCCAAUGCCCGACAAACUGAUGGCGUUGGUCAGACAAUUUUGCAUCUCGCAGCAACGGUGGGUAACAGUCCAGCUGUAGAAUAUAUUAUUGGAAAUAAAUUAGUUGAUUGCCAAUGCCGGGAUAAUUAUGGAGCAACUCCACUAGUUUGCGCUGAGAGGAGUGGAAUGGAAAGUAUUGUAGGUUUAUUGCAUAGAUUUGAAGAACAGGCUCUGAUAUGAAAUAAAUAUUUUUUAAUAGCCAUUUUGAAGAUUGGUACACAUUUAUUUAUUCCAUCUGGUCUAAUCAUCCUUUUGCGCAUGAACAGAAACUGUUGUUUUCUGUGCCAAACAAUUUUCCUUCAAAUAUUUCAUUUCAUCCUUUUACGAUAUAAAAGAAGACUUAUGACGGAAGUGUUUUUACUGAAGCAAUUGCAUUUUGUUUUUUUUUUGUAGUUUUUUGCGUACUAGUUAAAUAAUAAAAAAAAAUAUUCAAUAGUUAUUUGGGCAGUUUUAAUUGUUUAUUUUUUUCCUUGCUUAAUUUAUUUACAUUCCUAUGUCAAGACUUAAGUUAAAAUCUUAUACUCAUGUCCUCACAUCAAUUGUUUUUUUUUGUAGUAUGUUUUUUUCCAUUGUUUUUCUUAGUAUUUUCAAUGAAUCAGAUUGGGCUAUUUAAACUAGUCUCUUCUCCUUAUAAGUAUCUCACAUUUAGUUAUUUUUUAAUGCAUCCUCAA